UUCACACGAUAUUCAUCAGUUACAGCCCUGUACUGUCACUGAGCUCAAACCACAACAAAGCCCCGUCACACGCUGCCUCUCAUAUGCACAAGACUCGCAGGUUCUCAGUACGAGGGAUGGUUUCCUACAUGUCACAUUCAAACAGAAAACAAGCUGAAAUAGAACACUGUUGUGGGGAAAUGAUGCACCAAUGUAAGUGACCUAUUUCACAUUCUUAGAGCUUUCUUUGGGCAAAUUAAGACUUUUUCGUAAUGCAGAAAAUACCGUCACUCAUUCUGUCUAUUUGGAGGAGAUAACGAUCAGCAUUACCUACAGAACUUGAAACACCAUGAAAGUGAUCUCAACUUAAGACGUUAGAUUAAAUUGUUCUGGGCAACAUGCACAUUGGCCGCAGACACUCAUGGUUCCUAAUGCCACUGUUUCUGACUGGUGUUAUUUGCAACUGGUGGAAAGUGGAAUAUCAGCAGCAGCAUAUGUGUGCAGUGGAAGGCUCGUCUGUGGUUAUUCCUUGUUCAUUUUCCUCUCCUGGGUCGCAGAGAGUGAAGAAAGUCAUGUGGGGUCAGGAAAAGUCUCAGAGUUUCAUUUCUGAAAGUAAUUCAAGAAAAUUCCAGUACAUUGGUGACACACGUAGCAAUUGUUCUUUGAAAAUACACCAAGUGGAGAAAAAUGAUGCAGGAAAAUACUCCGUCAUAAUCAUUACGGACAAAGCCAAAAGGAUUCGGCCUAGAAAUGGAACACUCACACUGAAGGUUGUUGCUUUGCAUGUUUCUGUGACAAGACGCAACAGGAACAGAAUAACAAAGGAAGGUGACUCAGUGAAUCUGACCUGCUUUAACCCCUGUGAUGGUGGAAACUCUUCUUCUGCUUUCACCUGGUUUAAAAAUGGAGAACUUUUACAUGAAGUACCCGCGCUUUAUCUCGGCAACAUGUCCAACACAAACUCUGGAAACUACACUUGUUCUCUAAAGACACAACCAGGAAGUACUUCAGAAGCCGUAAACAUCGAUGUCCAAUACGGUCCAAGGAACACAUCCAUCUUUAUCAAGGAGGUGGAGAAUAUCAGCGACUUCACCCUGAUCUGCAGCAGCCAGGCAAACCCCCCAGUGAAGUUUUACUCGUGGUUUAAAAAGGAUGAGGACAAUAUGGUUGUUGCACAUCGUUCUGUGCUCUUCUGUGGUGAAGGGGGCCAGUUUUUCUGCAACGCCGGCAACAAGCAUGGAAGCCAAAACUCCUCUGUUGUGAAUGUAAAGAGUAAAGCAUGUUGGACGACUUUGACCAGAGACGUGUUUAUUAUCAUUACAGCUGCUGUGCUUCUGAUCGUGACCUCUGUCAUUGUCAUCACAAUAAGACUCAAAAAAAAAAGGGCAUGGGAACCAAAGCUGGACUGCAGGGAGGAGGUACAGAACACAGACUAUGUCAACUGGCUCCCCUGUGACAAUAACCAAUCACAAGAAGGGAUUCAGCUUGACGAAGGGACAGAACUCAUCUACGCAACUGUUGACCUCAUCAACAGAGAGUCAAACAUCAGAGGGCAGCAGAUGGACUCCUGUACGGAUGACCAAAGUGUGAUUUACAGCAUGGUGUGCAGGCACCAGCUGGUGAACCCUUCAAACACUGAGGAUUCCUGAUUUGACAUCAAGAACAUGCAGUCAGGAUUUUAACUUUUGAGGGAAUAUGUUUCAGCAGGAUGCACAGCACAUGCAUCACAGGGGAGAUAUAUGUUAUAAUCCAGACAAAAAAUAAAACAUGUAAAUGUGUUAACAUUGAA